AUGAUUGCUGAAGAUUUAAUUCUUCCUUCUGCAGUUGAUAUGUGCAAAACAGUUCUAGAUAAAGAAUGCACUGCAAAACUGAAAGGAGUUCCAUUGUCUGACAACACAAUUGGAAGAAGGAUAGAAGACAUUGCAGGUGAUAUAAAGGCACAACUAAUUGACAGACUGAAAGAAGGUUAUUUUGCAAUACAACUGGAUGACAGCACCGACGUUGCCAACCUGGCACAACUGCUGGCGUUUGUGCGAUACUGUUGGGAAGGGGAAAUAAUAGAAGAUUUAUUUUUAUGUUAUCCAAUGCCUUGCAGAACAUCUGGCGAGGAGGUUUUCAAAGUGCUCCACAAUUUCCUUUCACAGUCAGGUCUAUCACGGGAUCGGUGCAUAGGCAUUUGCACGGAUGGCGCAGCAUCCAUAACCGGGAAGCAUUCUGGAGUUGUGGCAUGUGUGAAGAAAGAAGCACCUAAUAUCACAGCGACACAUUGUAUGAUUCAUCGGCAAUCACUGGCAGCGAAGAACACGACACAAUCACUAUCUGAAGUCUGGUCUGGUUGCAUCAAAGUUAUAAAUUUGAUUAAAACCAGACCAGUAUACGCUCACACGUUUGCAAUUCUCUGUGAAGAGUUGGGGGCUGAGCAUUCAAAUCUUUUGCUCCAUACAGAAGGAAGAGAUUCAAACAUCUUAAGAAGUCACGACAAGAUUGCAGCAUUUAAGAAGAAGCUCAGUAUAUGGAAAACCAGAAUUAACAAGAAGGUUUUAGACAAGUUUCCAAUCUUGGAUGAUUACAUCUGCAACAAUUUGUUGAUCAACGCCGAUCUCAUAAUUUGCGAUGUCGAGCAGCAUUUGCAGUCGCUGGCUGACCAUUUUGAUGAAUACUUCUUGAAUGAUAACAUUGCUAAUUUUGAUUGGGUCCGCAGUCCCUUUGAUGUUGAAUUGACUGACCUCGCUGAGUGUGAGCAGGAGGAGUUAGCUGAAUUGUCAUGGGAUCGCAGCUUACAAAAUAAGUUCAAGCAGCAAUCACUGUCAUCUUUUUGGUUGAGUGUGGCUUCUGAGUAUCCCUUGAUAUUCGACAAGGCAGUCAAGAUUUUGUUACCGUUUGCGACAACAUAUUUGUGUGAAACAGCAUUUUCAGCAUUUACGAAUAUGAAGAGCAAGUGCAGAUCCAGACUGGCUGUUGAAAGUGACUUGCGUGUGAGCUUAUCAAAAGUAGCACCGAGAAUUGACAGUUUGUGCAAAUCAAAGCAAGCACAUCCUUCCCACUGA